CUUCUUAUCCAUAUCGAUUUUGUACGAAUUUCAAGCAGAACACAAAAUCAAAUCUUUCCCAAGGAUUUUUGUCUUCAACUUCGAUCUGAAUUCUGGGUUCAUCGAAAAUUGGGGAAAAAAUGACUGGAUUCUCUGUGUCUUUGUUCGUCUCCAACUUCUCGAAUGUUGCCUCGUACCUGUCUCCGCUCUUCGAUAGCAUCCCUUCGAAGGGGAUUCCAUCGCAGAUCGAUAACGUUGUUACUUUGGUCUCUAGGACCGGUAGGGAUUUGCAGCGUUACGACAGCAAGGGAUUUCGCCAGGUUGUCGGAUGCAUACCGUACAGAUACAAGAAACGGAACGUUGAUGGAAAUGAUAUUGAAGAAAUCGAAGUUCUUCUUAUCAGUGCACAAAAGGGCAAAGGGAUGCUGUUUCCAAAGGGAGGUUGGGAGAUGGAUGAAUCAAUAGAAGAGGCGGCUUUAAGGGAGACAAUAGAAGAAGCGGGUGUAACCGGACAACUCGAGGAGAAACUAGGGAAAUGGCAGUACAAAAGCAAAAGGCACAGCAUGGUUCAUGAAGGAUACAUGUUCCCUUUGCUUGUUAGUCAGCAAUUUGAGCACUGGCCUGAGGCAGAAAUCAGACAACGCAAGUGGAUGAAUUUGUCUGAAGCAAGAGAAGUAUGCCAUAAUUGGUGGAUGAGAGAAGCCCUCGAAGAAUUCAUCAACCGGAAAUGUCAUCCCGAGCUCCAAAUAGAAGACGCCGUUACUCAGCAAACUCAGCAGAUCUUCUAAACUAGGGCAUGGAGAGGAAUAGGACUCAGUUACUGCUUGUUGUGAAGAAUGGCGGAAGAAAUGAUAUGACUCGCUGAAACCCUAAACCGUAAACCCUAAAGACUGUCUUACCCGAAGAUGUAGCCACGAAAUCCGAAGCUUCCUGUGAAUUUCUCGGCGGGAGGAAAGGAAGAGGGAUGCAGCAGAGAAGCGUCAAAGGGCUUUCUGGCUGUAUAGUUUUGAAGAAAGAGGUCAACUUUAGUGUUUAGGCAUAUGAUGUUUUGAUUCAUUCUUUGACUCAUUCAUUCAUUCAUUCAUUCUUUGAUUAGUGAAAUGAAUAGGAAUAAUCACUAAUUCGGAAUUGCUGGCAUCUUA